AUGAGGGCAGGGCGGCAGCUGCCCUUGUGUUUCUUUCGUUUUAAAACUUUUCCGGGAGUCAGGUUUUGGUUACUGGCGAACGCAUUCGCCCAAGGUGGCAGAGACCCGGCCCGGCUGGCUGUUCGAGGCGUCUCUAGCGCCGUGCCCAGCCUUGGCACGGACACAGAUGCUUGUGCAACGAGCGCUACCACGGCUCCAGAGCCCACUCCACUGUGCCCGGGUCACAGCUUGGGACCCCGACGUGUGGCCCGCGUGCAGCGCGAGCACCAGGCUGCUCAAGCGCGAGGCCCCCAGUUCCGGAGGCUGGGCCGGGUGCCGGCAGCUUUCGCUUUCCCGCGGUCCGGGUCCGGGCCCCGGGCAGGCGCGCCCCCCGCCCCCGCCGGCCGCGGCCCCGCCCCUCCGCUUCCUCCCGGGUAUCUGGCACCGCGGCCUCCGGGCGACAGAGGAGCCCGAGCUGGCGAGGCGGCGGCAGCAGCUAUGGCAGGGACAGAGUUGGAACGGUGCCAGCGGCAGGCAGAUGAGGUGACAGAGAUCAUGCUCAACAACUUCAACAAGGUCCUGGAGCGCGAUGGGAAGCUGGCGGAGCUGGAGCAGCGUUCAGACCAACUCCUGGACAUGAGCUCCGCCUUCAGCAAGACAACCAAGACCCUGGCCCAGCAGAAGCGCUGGGAGAACAUGCGUUGCCGGAUCUACUUAGGGCUGGUGUUGGGCGGUUGCCUGCUCAUCCUCCUGAUCGUGCUGCUGGUCAUCUUUCUCCCACAGAGCAGUGGGGGCAACAGUGCCGCACAGGCCCAGGACACAGGCGCCGCCUCGGGGCCUGGGGACUGACCCAGCUGGGCCUGGAGGAGAGGCCAAGUCCUGGUCUCCAGAAAACCCUAGCAUUUGCUCACAUCUGAGCCACCCAACUGAGCACCGAAGAGCAACCUUGAUGUGUGCACCUUUGUAUCUCCUAUCACCCCACAGACUGGCCCUUGAGGGCAGCCUGCUGCACUGGCCAUGACAGGCCAGCCCCACCUGGAGUUCAGUAAAAGCUGCUGUUUGGUUAAAACCUA